CCUGUACAUGAGAUCAUUCCCACCAUCCCUUUACAUCCAGCUCUUAUGGGAUGGCUCAGUGCUUCCAUAGAGAUACUUCCUUUCAGCAAAACUAAACUGCAACAUUCUGAGUCACUGGAAAUCUUUCUGUGGGAGGGGUGAAAGAAACACUAUAUAUUCAGCCUACCAUGUGUGUGAAUUGUAACAAACCCAAGAAAUACAUCGAGUGCCAGACUUCAUCCUUGAGCAAAACAAGGUUUCAAAUAAUGGAAGCUCUGAGUGUGGCAAACACUGGUUUUGCCCUCGACCUUUUCAAACAUGAGUGUAAGACACAAACCAACACAAAUAUCUUGCUUUCCCCUUGGAGUAUUUCAACUACCCUGGCCACUGUGUACCUUGGAGCCAAAGGCAACACUGCAGAUCAGAUGGCAAAGGUGCUUCACUUUAACAAAGUUGGAGGAGCUGGAGUUGACAUCACAACCAUAAAACCACGACGAGCCUAUUCCAAAAUGGAGGAGCUUCUAUCAAAUCCGUGUAUCAGUGUUAAAAAGGCCAAUCCGGAGAACUCAAGCAACAUCCACGCAAGGUUUCAGGCACUUAGCUCUGAAAUUAACCAACCCAUUAAAAAUUACCUGCUUAAAAGUGUCAACCAGUUAUAUGGAGAGAAAUCAUCACUUUUCAAUAAAGAAUAUUUACAAUCGAUUAAAAAAUAUUACCACACAGAGCCACGAGCUGUUGAUUUCAUGGGAGCAGCAGAAGAAGUAAGAAGAGAAAUCAAUUCCAAUGUUGAACACCAGACUGAAGGUAAAAUCCAGGCGCUAUUGCCUGUCAACUCUGUUGAUUCACUCACCAAGCUGGUGCUAGUCAAUGCCCUCUACUUCAAAGGAAACUGGGCAAAGACAUUUAAGGAUGGAGUUACAAAGGAACAACCUUUCAGAGUGAACAAGGAUACAACUAAGCCAGUGCAGAUGAUGUUCCAGAGAGGGAAAUUUAAUUGGACCUACAUUCAAACAAUGCGCACCCACAUUAUUGAGCUCCCAUAUGUCAAUAAUGACCUCAGCAUGCUCAUACUGCUACCAGAUGACAUCAGCGAUGACACCACUGGCCUAGAAAUGCUAGAAAGAGACUUGACGUAUGAGACAUUAUCCAGAUGGACCAGCUCAGAAAUGUUGGAGAAAACUGAAGUGGAUGUGUAUCUGCCCAGGAUCAAAAUGGAAGAGAGUUAUGACCUCAAAUCUACUUUGAGCAGCAUGGGGAUGCGAGAUGCCUUCAGUCAGGACCGAGCUGAUUUCAGAGGGAUGUCUGAGAAAAAUGAUCUGGUUUUGUCAAAUGUUUUUCACAAGUGCUUUGUGGAGAUCAAUGAAGAAGGCACGGAGGCUGCAGCUGCCAGUGCAGCUUCUAUGACAUCACGAAGUCUCAUUUCUGCUAUUCAGUUUGCAGCAGAUCACCCUUUCCUCUUCUUCAUCAGGCACAAUAAAACUAAGACCAUCCUCUUCUUUGGCAGAUUCUGCUCCCCGUAACCACUCAGAUUUCUGUUGCUAAACAGGAUCUUGCAGCAGUAGGACUGUACCACAAAGACAUCGCCUCAAGUGUCUAAAUAGCUUGGGUAAUUUUACUUCACUUUCCUGUAUUAUUGGUCAAUCUUUUAGCUUGGGGAACAACAAAUAAUGCAAAUUAUUAAGAAUUUUUCUCUUCUGUUCAUGUGGUUAGAGGACUUGAUAAUGAUAAUAUUGGGCUACGACUCUCAAAAGCACAAUAAAAAUGCACUGGUUGCUUUCUAAAUGACUGUAAUUUGCACUCUUAGUACUGCACAACUAUACAGUUUGCCAGAAGCUGGGAAUGUGCAACUGGGGAUGGAUCACUUGAUGAUUACCUAUUCUGUCCAUUCCCUCUGGGGCACCUGGCACUGGCCACUGUUGGAAGACAGGAUACUGGGCUAGAUGGACCUCUGAUCUGACCCAGCAGGGCCAUUCUUAUGUUCUUAUGUUAUAAAGCAGAAGAACAAGUUUGAUAUAGAGAAAUGCAUCUCAGGAAUAAAACAAUUACCUGGGCAGGCAUACAAAGAGUACACAAGCAGGGCCAGAUCUUCAGUAGGUGCAGAUUGGACCACCCCCACUGACGUCAAUGGAGCUAGGCCAAUUAUACCAGAUGAGGCUGUGGCCCACAGUCUCAUGAAUUAUACUGACUUAAGAUAGGCAUGGCUAGCAAUGCAAUAAAACCAUUUGAAUGUAAAUGUUUUGUAAUCUUUACAUUUCUGCUGGCAUUUUUUCUUGUUUGUAGACCGCUUGCAAGUGUUAUGUUUCCUCUGCAGAUAACAUGCCAAUGGGCAAGUAUUGUACAAGAAUCAAUUGUGUGAACUAUAAGA